AUUAAUUUGCACCAACAAGUACAGAAGAAGCAGACCCAGAUCGCUCCCAAGGAGAUCUCAGAGUUUCAAAUCAUUGAGAUUGCUGAGAAUGUGUGUAAUUUGAAGGAGGAAGCGGAGUGAUAUGGUUGAGCAAGGGGAUAAAUUGGAUCUGGUUGAACAAGAUGUUAAAGGACAAUGCAAUUCAGAGUGCAAAACAAUUGAGGGAGCUUGUCAAGAGAUUAUCGGGUCUUCUGAUACUAACGUUGCCGAGUAUAUAUAUAAAUCCAUUCCUGAUAUUGAGUCACUAAUAAAUUAUCUACGUAAAGACCUGACUGAGGCAUGCAGUACCAAUCCUCCCCCAGUCCCAAAGGAUAGGAUCCCAGGCGAACCAUUUGAGCCCAAACCAACCAAUGAGGCUGAAAUGGAAAAGAUUUUAAGGUCCAUGGAAGGUAUGCCAGGAGCUCCCAGCAUGAAAAUGUACUCAAGGGAAGAGUUAAUGAACAUGAAAAAUUUUGUUGAAGAUGCAGAUGCAGAUGAAGAUGAAGAUGAUGACUCACCAUUCCCCUCAAAAUUGGGAAAAAUUUUGAGAGAGAAGGCAAGUGCAAAAGGCAAAUGGAAACCGAGGAUCACCAAAGGAAUCACACAUACUGAGGAGGCGUUAAAGAAACAUGCAAAAUGGGUUUCCUACCGGGUACAGAAGUGGUGGAAAGUAUUUAAAACUGCACGUUCAAAGAAUGCUAAGGACAGCAACGCAGAACUUUAGGACAUUUACCCGCUGUCGCAUUUACCAUAAGAAGAGUUCGGUUGAGUAGAAACCUACGGAAUUUUCUAAAACUCCAAUGCAAACCUACGGAAUUUUCUAAAACUCCGAUGCCUCCAACACGUUUUGUUUGCAGAUGAAACAGGUUUCCCUUCCUUUCAUCCAGACAAGACACUCGAGGAGCUGUUGUGUUGCUGAAUAUUGUUAUUAUUACUGUAUAUGAUGGUAGGGUUCCAAAAAUCACUCGUCUUUUCAGCUUUUCUGAAAGGUCAUUCUGUUACCCAUUUUUCCCAUUCUGUAAGGGCACAAAUCAAUCCCGAAAGUAAAUCCUUUUAUUCAUG